AUGCCCCCGACACAAGCUCUGAACACGCCGCACACAAGUUACACACCCGCCGCCGCCGGCCUUGGCACGCUCAUCAUGUGCGUGGACGCCGCUGCAGGCAGCGAUGCGGCAGGGUCAGUCGUGCGACCCGUCGGCCGUUUCGCCCCUGAACUCCCGUGUAACUAUCGCGGCUGCAUGAAAAUGGCAACCCGCACGCCCUCCCCGAGUCGAAUAGCAAAGCGCGUAGCGCGCUUGGAACAGUCUCUGCGCCGUCGAAUCGCCAACGACGAAGGGAUGUGUCAUUUCCAGCGGCCGCCAUGGCCAUGGAAGGCCCAGCAGUCCGCGCGGACGGACGGGGCGAGGGCAUCGCGAGGGCAGACAGCGCCAGAACAGGUGCCGCGGCGCAUAAGGAUGAGGAACCUCGGGGCGUCGGCGAGCCAGGGCUUCCAUUUCGGCAUCGUGAGCGUCCAAUCGUCGGGCUUCACGAAUCCACGAUAUCAUGCCGACGUGGCAUGCCAAUAA